AUGUCUAUGCUUGCUACAGCAUCUCCUUCUCCUCACCCUUCAUCUUUCGGCAUGCCCCGUCCAUGGGAAACCGACCGAUGUCCCGACUAUUCACUUCGACCGAGGACCGAGAACGACAAAGUUGCACUUCCUUCAAUUCGACAGGCAUUCCCCGAAUUACAGCUUCAGACCCAGCCGCCAUCUACAGGGCCACCCUUGGGCGCACCGCCAUUGCCCGCAGCAUCUCCUCAAUACAUACACUCACCCAACUCUAGUAAAAGAAGGCGACUAUCAAUAGAGCGUGAAGUUGAAAUGGAGAGAGUCCGUCAAGUACCACGCUUGUGCUACAGUCCGGAUCGAGCUUCACCCAGACAGAUUUCACCACAUCUACCUAUUCAAGGGGGGUCACAAGAGAAUUGGGCCGCUCCCACAAGGACAAGCCCUUUUCUGACAAACGGCUCAAACUCCCACUCAGUCUCAAUGGAAGUUAGUGAGCGAGCAGAAUCUCGUUCGACGCUACCCAGUCUUCCUCCACCACGUUCUUUAGACCGGGAACUACCCGUGGGCCGUGGUACAGUACCUGCAGACGGCUAUCGACCACCUCAGCAGUCGAUGUCACAUUCACGAACCCCCAUAUCUGAGCCUGGCGUCUCACCAUACCGUGAAAACGGUUAUGGGUAUCCUUACCACCACCCAACACGAUAUCAGUCACUAUCCACUGGAUCAGCUCACUCGUAUGACCGGACACCUUUUACCCCAGGCACAUAUAACACGCCUUACCAAGAUUUCGUUCGAUUUGGGGACAUGAGCUCUGCCAGUCUUAGCGGUGAUAACAAACAACGGAAGCGAAGAGGAAACUUGCCCAAGGAGACUACAGAUAAGCUCAGGGCGUGGUUCGUCGCACACCUUCAACACCCAUACCCUACCGAGGACGAAAAGCAAGAUCUCAUGCGGCAGACUGGACUGCAGAUGAGUAAGUUUGGCCGGACUAAACCAAGGACGGAGAAGCCUAGUCAAGACUGGAAACUAACAUGUCCACCAACAGAUCAAAUCUCAAACUGGUUCAUCAAUGCUCGACGUCGCCAAUUGCCAGCCAUGAUCAACAACGCUCGCGCCGAAACUGACGCCAUGACGGGCGCUCGAGGCGGUGACCUAAAGGUCCUCGCCACAACAGAACGGGGUGACUUUGACCACUCCAAACGAGAGCCCGCCGGACCCUUGAGUGAUGGUGAGGGCGCCACUUAUGACGAGGAACUUGAGGCGUUGAGCCAGCGAAGGCCUGGCACCAUUGGUAGGGGCAGCGUCUAA